AUGGGCAUGCCUCACGAGUUGCCUGAUCAGCUGCCGGGCUCGGCGUUUGAGCAGCUGGGCACGCUGCAGUGGGGGGACCUCGGGGGGGAGUGGGCCCGCGACAGCGACCUGUGGCAGUACUCAAACUCAAAGCUGUACUGCCUCAUGUCCGCUCGGGAGAUGGCCAAGCGCCUGAAGGGCUCUGGGGUGGACGUGCUCGCCACACAGCCUGGGCUGGUGUCCACGCCUCUGUACGACCGGACCGCCCCGGAGAAGGUGACGUCGUGGCUGUUCACGGCGGCGGCGCGGGUGAUGGGGCAGAGCCCCAGCCGCGGCGCAUACAGCCUCGUGUAUGCUGCAGGCGCUCCAGAGCUGGACGGCAGGGGCGGCUCCUACAUCGGUCCGCCCUAUCUGGGCAUGCGGCUGUACGAGGAGACUGCCCACCUGCUGGAGGAGAAGACCGGGGAGCGCCCGCUCCCCAACAAGCUGCCGGCCGCGGAGCACCCCUGGCAGGAGAAGGCGGCUGGGCGGGACAGGGCGCACCCUGUGGACGCCACCCUGGAGGCCCGCCCGCCGCCGUACCGCCAUUCGCUCCGUUCGCUCGUGGCGGUGGCGAUGCAAGGCCCCGGCGAUUGA